AUGUUUGCCGUGAGAAAGCUUGUUUCGUCGCCGGUUGGGUUUGCAUUGGGCAGAUCCAAAGCCACUUUGGCGUUUGUCGAGACCUCUGGCUCGAAAAUCACUCCUUCGUCGCUUUCGGCUUUAAGGGCUGCCCAGCAGCUUGGUAACCCAAUCACAGCUCUGCUUGUUGGUACCGAGGCCAAGGGUGCCGUGGACGAGGUCAAGAAGGUGUCUUCUAUCGACAAGAUCGUCACGUCCUCGUCGGAAAAAUACGACCAUUACUUGCCGGAGCAAGUGUCUCCAUUAGUGGCUAGUUUGUUGAAAGACUCCGAGUACACCAACUUUGUUGUUGCUGCGUCUGCCGUUGGAAAGAACUUUCUGCCUCGAGUGGGUGCUCUGCUUGAUUUGCAGCCUGUUUCCGACAUCAUCAAAGUGGUCAGCACAGACACUUUUGUGAGACCAACGUAUGCCGGUAACGCUCUUGCUACAGUCAAGUCCAAGGACAGCCAAGUGCUUGUUUCUGUGAGAAGCUCUGCUUUCGCUCCAGUUGAGCUGGGAAGCGCAAGCGACGUUGCUGUCGAGGACGUUUCGUUUGUCGAGGGUGGAAACGGAGCCGAGUUUGUGUCUGAGGAGAUCGUCAAGAGCGAGAGACCAGACCUGGGAUCGGCCAAGGUUGUUGUUUCCGGUGGCCGUGGGUUGAAGAAUAAAGAAGAGUUCGACAAGAUCAUCAACCCAUUGGCCGAAAAAUUGAACGCAGCCAUCGGAGCUUCCAGAGCUGCAGUUGACGCUGGCUUCUGCGACAACUCGCUGCAGGUUGGACAGACCGGUAAGGUUGUUGCACCAGAUUUGUACAUUGCUGUUGGUAUUUCGGGAGCCAUCCAGCACCUUGCUGGAAUGAAGGAUGCCAAGACCAUUGUGGCCAUCAACAAGGACGAAGAGGCCCCUAUCUUCUCGGUUGCAGACGUGGGUCUUGUUGGAGACGUGUUUGAGAUCGUGCCGGAGCUCACCAGCAAGCUCUAA